AUGUCGUCCCUCCAGGAGAUGCGGACGCUGGGCAUCGACCCGAGUCGCCGAAACACACGUGCCAUUCCUUUAUCCGACGCCGAACGCAAGGUUCUCGAGCCCUAUCUCGACAACAUCCACUACUCGCAGAGAUACUCAGACGACCAGUACGAAUACCGGCACGUGCUUCUGCCCAAGCAGAUGCUCAAGCUCAUCCCUGACCAGUACCUCGACGAGAGCAAAAAGACCAUGAAGCUGCUUUGGGAGGACGAGUGGCGGUCUAUGGGGAUCACACAGGUACGGCCAUCCAACCAGGUGGAGGAAGCGGAGGAGCGAAGCGCUGGCUACGUUAUUGUUUUCCAUAAAUAG